UAAAUAGUUCCGAGACCGCAACCGCGCAGGCGCAUUCCGCGGCCCGCCAGAGGGAGGGUAAAGGCCUGGCCGUCCAGCGCCACCCACGGGGGCGCACAGCUCUUAGGAGACCAGGGCCCCCACUGUCAUGAGGCAUCUUUGGGAGAGUGUCUGUUUGUCUGAGCCACAACUGACCCCCUCUCUGCUCCAUUCUCCUCCUCCAGCCCUGCGGACUGAGACCUGGUCCUUUCUCCUGGAGGCACAUGCCCAGGACCCAGCAGUGGCCACCGGGACCCUGAUGGCUGAGGACCAGGAAUCAGUGACCUUCAAGGAUGUGGCUGUGGACUUCACCCUGGAGGAGUGGGGCUGGCUGGGUCCUGGCCAGAGGGAGCUGUAUCGGGACGUGAUGUUGGAGAACUACCAGAACCUUCUCUCACUGGGGGCAGGGCCUCCAGGGUUCAAACCCGACGUGAUCUCCCGUCUGGAGCGAGGGGAGGAGCCCAGUAUGGAGAAGAGAGAAGGCUGGCAAAUGGCCUGUCCAGACUUGGAGACGAGGUCUGCACCGACUCAGGAGACGCUUGUAAAAAAGAGCAUUUCUGCAGAGGCCGCUUCCCCAGUGGGAAAGACGGGGGGCGGUUUAAGGGCAGCGCUGGGAGAUGCCAGACUGGGGGGAUCCCGGGCGUGUGGCCUCCGGUCGGAGGACCGGGGAAGGCAGGAGAGGCAUUUGAGGUGCUUGUCGGCUACUCCCAAGGAAGCCGUCUGUGGGGAGAGAGGCCUCGGCGGUCACGAGCUUGGGCGAAGCCUCAGGCGGGCCCCCGCCCGCGUCCAGAAGCAAAGAGGGCCGGGCGGGGAGAGAGCCCGGCAGAGGGACGGGCCGAGAAAGAGCCUGAAACGCCAAAGGACGUUGGUAGAGAGGAAGCCAUUCAGCUGCGCGGAAUGCGGGAAGGCCUUCGUUUACCAUUCAGACUACAUCCUGCACCAGAGAAUUCACACCGGAGAGAAACCCUACAAGUGUGAGGAUUGCGGGAAGGCCUUCAGCAACAGCUCCUAUUUCAUCCAGCACCACGUCAUUCACACGGGAGAGAAGCCGUACGCGUGCGGCGAAUGCGGCAAGACCUUCACCCAGAGCGCCUCGCUUACCGAGCACCAGAGGAUCCACACGGGCGAGAGACCCUACAGAUGCAAGGAGUGUGGGAAGGCCUUCACCCAGAGCUCCUCCCUCAUCAAACACCAGCGCUGCCACACGGGGGAGAAACCCUACAAAUGCAACCAGUGCGGAAAGUUUUACUCGCAGGUGUCCCACCUCAGCCGCCACCAGAAAACCCACACGGGGGAGAAGCCCUACAAAUGCGGUGAGUGUGGCAAGGCCUUCUGUCACACUUCCUCGUUGACCCAGCACCAGACCAUCCACACCGGAGAGAAGCCCUACAAAUGUAACGAGUGCGGGAAAACCUUCAGCCACAGCUCGUCCCUGUCCCAGCAUCAGCGCGUCCACACCGGCGAGAAGCCCUAUGAGUGUCACGCGUGUGGCAAAGCCUUCGGCCACAGCUCCUCCCUGACUCAGCAUCAGAGAAUUCACACCGGCGAGAAGCCCUAUGAGUGUCACGAGUGUGGGAAGGCAUACACGCAGAUUUCCCACCUCAUGAGGCACCAGAGCAUUCACGUGGGAGAAAAACCCUACGUAUGUGACGAGUGUGGGAAGGCUUUCAGUCACACCUCGUCCUUCACCCAGCACCAGACGAUUCACACUGGGGAGAAGCCCUACAAAUGUAACGACUGUGGGAAAACCUUCAGCCAGAACUCGUCGCUGACACGCCACCAGAGGAUUCACACCGGGGAGAAGCCGUACGAGUGCCGGGCGUGCGGGAAGGCCUACACCCAGAUUUCCCACCUCAUCCAACACCGGAGGAUUCACACCGGAGAGAAACCGUACGAGUGUGGGGAGUGCGGGAAAGCCUUCAGCCGCAGCACCCACCUUAUCGAGCACCAGAAAAUCCACACGGGCGAGAAACCCUAUAAGUGUGAAGAGUGUGGGAAAACGUUCGGUCACCACUCAUCCCUCACUCAGCACCAGAGGAUUCACACUGGUGAGAAACCCUACGCCUGUAAGGAAUGCGGCAAAGCCUUCAACCAGAGCAUCCACCUCAUUCAGCACCAGAGGAUUCACACCGGGGAGAAGCCCUAUGAGUGUAACAACUGUGGGAAAACCUAUACCCAGAUUUCACACCUGAUUCAACACCAGAAGGUUCACACGGGUGGCAGUCGCCACGUGAGUAAGGCACGCGGGGAGGACUUCAGCUGGAGUCCACGCCUGACUGAACACCGGAGACUCCACACCGUGCGCGACGCCUACGUCUGCGAUGGUUUGGAGAAAGCCUUGGCUUGGGGCACACAGCUUGCCGAUUGUCAGAGAGUGCCUGCUGGCCAGAGAGCCUGAGAAGGGAGCCGACUGGUGGUCCCGCUGCUGGGUUCCGUUCGGCCUUCAUCAUCGGGAACCUCCUCCCUCCCAGAGAGGGACCCUAACACCACGUAUGGUGAGAGUUGGUUUCUCUGUUUCCUACAAAAAGAUGACACGGGUGUCACCAGCUGGGACAGCUUCUGAUCGUUUUUGGCGCCCCCCCCCCUCCUAAAAUCGCAGCCUCUCUCCUGUUUCUCAGCCUUACAGUGUCCCCAAAGGGUGGUGUAAUGGAAUGUAACUUCAUCUGAUAGCUUUUUUUUAAUGUAUACCUUUUUGAGAGAGAACGAGAGAGAGAGAGCGUGAGCAGGGACGGGGCAGAGAGAGAGGGAGACACAGAAUCCGAAGCAGGCUCCGGGCUCUGAGCUGUCAGCACAGAGCCCCACGUGGGGCUCGAACUCACGAGAUCACGACCUGAGCUGAAGUUGGACGCCUAACCAACUGAGCCGCCUAGGCGCCCCUUCAUCUGAUAUCUUUAAUAAGGUCUCUUUGAACUUUUCAAAUUUACUGAUCGUUCAUGAAAUCGGAGCCUGAAAAUUCAAGGAAAAAAAAACACAGCUGGAAAGAUAAACCCUUUCAAGUACAAGCUACGUAGCCAGCUGAACGUAAACACUAGAUGAUUUUAGUUUCCUUUGAAACUUUAAGCUACAAAUCUCAUGGCAAAAUCCGCAGUUGGCUUAAAUACUGAAUACGUUUCACAUAUUUACAGCCAUUUUUAUUUUUCUUUGAUGUUUAUUUUUGAGAGAGAGAGAGUACCCGUGCGUGAGCAGGGGAGGGGCAGAGAGAGGAGACACAGAAUCCGAAGCAGGCUCCAGGCUCCGAGCUGUCAGCACACAGAGUCCGACGCGGGGCUCACACCCCCUUGAACCGCGAGAUCAUGACCUGAUCAAAAGCUGGACACCUGACCGACUGAGCCAGCCAGGCGCCCUCAAAUGUCAUUUAAAAAUAAAUGUUAUUUCAUUGUGAUCAGAGUGUAGGAACAAUGUUGGCUCCUCUGAUUUGUCCUUAUUAUAUCAUGAACAUUGUCCUUUGUAACUACAGACACCUCGUACUCAUCAUUAUUGGGGCUAACGAUAUUUCAUUGGUGGGUGUAAGAUGAUUUACAAAUCCAUUCCCCUGUGUAGGCUUUGUUCUAAGCCCCUGAUUGACAGGUUGUUCACCACUCUUCCCAGUUAUGAAUGAUGUUAUAAUGAGCAUCUCCAAGAUUAUUUCUCUACGUCGCAGUCCCAGGAUGGGAAUAACAGGAGCAAGAUUCCAAUCAUUUUCCUGAUUCCUGGAACGUUUUGUCAGAUUGCUUCCCAAGUGAGCUGGACCUUGUCUACCUGGCAAGCUGGGCAUGGGGACCACAUUUCCACUCAUUUCCACUACAUUUUUACCAGCACUGAUCAUCCGUAAUUUUUUCCUAUGUCACACAUAUCAAAUGGCUAGUGUUUUCGGUAACUUAACUGUGUGCCAGGUUCCGUCCCAAGCCCUUGGUAUGUUAUGAGUUCUCAUUCUUCCAACAGUCCCACCUGUUCGGGGCUGUAUCGUCCCAUUUUGUGGGUGAGGACACUGAGGCACAGGGAGAUGAAGUAGCCAGAGCCUCACAGCCAUGAGCUCAGGGAGUAUGGAUUCAAGCCCACAUAGUCAGGCUCAGAAGCGAGGCUGUGUCCUUCUAUUGGGAUUGAGCACAUUGCAUGUAUAACAUUUCCUUCUUAAAAUAAUGUUUAUUACUAUAAAAACCAAUGCAUGCUUCCUACAGAAAGUUUAGAAGAUCUGGAAAAUCCAGAUGUCACCCAAAGUUCAGUGCUCCCCAGAGAUAACUGUUAACUGUUUGGAUACAUUUCUGCUACUUUAAAAACUUUAUGAUAUUAUAAAAUGCUUAAAAUAAAUCUGGGGUAUACUGAAUAUGCCACUUAGCAUACUUCUAAUGUAUUCAACUUUAUAUCACAGGCCCCUAUCUUCAAAUAUCAUGAUUUACCCAUGUCAUCAAAUAAUCCUUAACAACCAGACAUUUGGGGGAUUUGCAUAGUGUAUGUUUAUCCAGCCAGUGAAUUAGCCAAUCCCCUGUCGGACAUUUUGGUUGUUUCCAGUUUUUGACUUUAUUAUAAACAUCCCUUCUACUGAAGUCUUUGGCUGAGCACCUGACCAGUUUCCAAGUGAAAUCCUGGCAGGGAGGUCAUGGGGUCAAAGCAUGUUUCAACGAUCCCAGACACGUGUGCCAAUGGCUUCCCAGAAGUUCUGUAGCAACUGGCAUUCUGACUAGCAUCGGCUGGGACUGCGUCUGACCAAUGUCAUCCGUGGUAACUAUUACCAUGUUUAAAAGUCUUCCCAUGUAUUUCUAGGGGCGCCUGGGUGGCUCAGUCGGUUAAGUGUCCAACUUCAGCUCAGGUCAUGAUCUCAUGGCUCAUGGGUUCGAGCUCCACUUCGGGCUCUGUGCUGACAGCUCGGAGCCUGGAGCCUGCUUUGGAUUCUGUGGUCUCCCCCUUCUCUCUCUCUGCCCCCCACCCCCACUUAUGCUCUGUGUCUCUCUCAAAAAUAAAAACAUUAAAAAAUGGAAAAAAAAAUCUUCCCAUGUAUUUCUUUUAACGUAUGACACCUUUCAUGAUUGAGGAAAUACUUGUUUAUGGUGAAUAAUUCAUAGAACACAAAAAUGAAAGCUAUGGCUCUCUAUAAAUCUUCAUUCCAAAGGUAUAUCCACAUAAAGAUAGCACACAAUGUGUCUGGUAUAACACAUACACACACACACACGAUAUUAUUUUUCUUAAAGAUUUUUAUGUUGUUUAUGUAAUGUCUACACCCAACGUGGGGCUCGAACCCACAACCCCGAGAUCAAGAGUCGCAUGCACUAUUGACUGAGCCAGCCAGGCACACCCACACAUAUGAUUUUAGAAGUAACUUUUUUCACUUUUUCACUUGGUAUAAUGUGGGUAUUUUCCCAUGAUAAUGCAAAACAUACACACGCACACACACACAUAUAUAUGUAUAUGUUUCCUCAUUUUUAACAAUUGCAUAAUACUUCAUACUAGGGUUUCUUGAAUGUAUGUAACCAAUCCCUAUUAAUUGACAUUGAGAUAGUUUUUGUUUUCUUUUUCAUCAUUGGAAUUUACUGUUUGACACCUGUGCAAAAUAUCUCCAUAAGAUGAACGCCUAGAAAGAAUCCUUUGGGACCAUAUAAUGUCCAUGUUUAAAAUUUUGAUAAUUAUUGCUAAAUAAUCCUCCAAAAAAGGAUGAACCAAUUUACAGGACUCCUGGAAGUGUAUACAAAUGCCUACUUGUUCCCCCAUUUUCUUCAAAAAUUACGCACUAUUAGCCUUUUAAAAAUAUUUCUAAUAAGUAAAUAUGUCCUCUCAAUAGUGAGAUUAAUGGUCUUUUAUGUGUUUGUUGACGUUUAGCCUUUGAAUUGCUUUUUUCUGUGUUUUGCCCACUUUUAAUUGGGCUGCUUUUUUAUAUUGAUUUAUAGGAACAAGUCUUUAUGUAUUACACAUAUUCACCUUUUGGCAUAUACAUUAGAAAUAUUUUCCCCUGAUUUGUCGUUGCUCUUUCAAUUUUGUUUGUGAUGUAUUUUGCCAUACAGAAUUUAAAAAUCUUUAGGUAUUCAAAUCUAUUUGUAUUGUCUCUUAUAGUUCUUUGGCCUACUAUCAGCCUACUGAAGGAAGGCCUUCCUCACCCCCAAGAUUAUGAAAAAGAUUAUCCUAUAUUUUAUUCUCGUACUUUUAUGACGUUUUGACAAUUAAAUUUUUAUUCCAUCUGCAUUUUA